UCACAUCAAGUUAAAUGUUUCAGCAGUGGCCAGGAGGUUACAUUAACACGAACUCUGAAUGUUAAUUUAAUUUUGCACCAUUUUCUUUGACUUCAGGUUAACUUUAAAAUGGGAGGAUUUGAUGUUGAUCAGUGUUCAAGGUCCAGACCAGAGACACACGCAGGCCAGACUUGUCAGAGGAGUGUGAAGAUAUCAGGUGAACCUUCACCCUCACAUGUGUCUUCAUUAGACACAUCGCAUCAAACUGAUAAUUGUCGUCCUGCAGACUUUAAAGAGGGACGUCCCACAUAGGGAAUCUAAUUAUUUUUCUUUCUAUCACAUUAUCCGUCUAUUUGGCCUUAUUCACACCCCAGUGACAACGAACGACGUCCUCCGUGAAGGUUGCGUUUGUCACUUGUGGGUUUCUUUGAACUUCUUUUUGUUCCGCCUGAGCUGUGAACCCAUAAACCUCCGGAGAUGUGCCAACGUAUAAAACCGCUUUGGCAAAUUCUCCUCUUACACAGAAUCUGCUCGUCAUCAGUUCCACAGACUGUUGCAAGAUCUUCUCUGACAUGGAUCUGGAGAGCGUCACGGCCCAGUUGAUCCGCGAAUGGAAGGACCACGAAGGCGCGUUUGAAGACGACAUGGACUCCCUGCAGUCCUCAUCCCCGGAGCCAUCGGUGGAUUCCAUUUGCUCAUCUCCAGAGAUGUGCUUCUCCUCCAGAAGCGGUAACAUAGACGCAAAGGACUUUUCCUACGGCUUCACACCAGGCAGACACGCUCCAGGGCCGCAGAAGCAGCACAAGCCCAAGAUGUCCACCAAAAGACGCGUGAAGGCCAGUGAGAGGGAGAAGAUGCGCAUGAGGAGUCUUGCGGAGGCUUUGCACCAGCUUCGUGACUACCUGCCGCCGGAUUACAGCAAAAGAGGCCAACCUCUGACAAAAAUACAAACCCUCAAGUACACCAUUGAAUACAUCAACAAACUGUCGGAUAUCCUGGCCAGUGCGUAACGGAACACUUUACACGCAUUUGAAGUGUGGUCAAUGUAGCGAUUGGUGUAACAUGUAUUAUAAUUUAAACUGCUUCUUUCCUGA